AUGUCGGCUCCCUCAUUGGCAAACGCCAUUUCCAAGCGACCAUGGCUCAUGCGCAUCAUGAAGCCAAUAUCCAACUGGUACUGCAACGCUGCGGGAUACAGAGCUUUAGGACUCAGAGCCGAUGAUCUGAUCCCCGAGGAAUCCGAAGAGGUGCUCCUAGCACUCAAGCGUCUCCCGCAGCAGGAAGCAUACGACCGUGUUUUCCGCCUUCGUCGGGCAUUCCAAGCAUCGCUCGCACAUCAACUUCUCCCAAAAGCCCAGCAGACAAAGCCAGAAGAGGAUAUUGCAUAUCUCUCGCCCAUUAUCGCCGAGAUCGAAGCAGAGGCAAGAGAGCGUCUGGAUUUGGAGUCUAUGACUAUCACCAAGAAGAAGUAA